UCUGGGAUAUUUUGUCCCAAUUUUCGACAAGCAGUGCAGUAAGCUUCAUAUUGAACCAAUGGAAGCUUACCCGAUUUCCUUAGUUCUUCGAUGAAUUCUUCUCUUAUGUCGGAAGGAUCGGGAACUCGUCUAGCAAAAGGUGAAAGAGAGGCAGAAAAAAGGGCUGAAUUCCGAAUGAAAAGAGAAGCUGAAGAAGAAGAAAGAGAAAAGAUGCAAGUGCUGGUGUCUAAUUUCACAGAAGAGCAGCUGGACAGAUACGAAAUAUACAGGCGAUCAGCGUUCCCGAAAGCGGCCAUCAAGCGUUUGAUGCAAACCAUUACCGGCUGUUCAAUAUCUCAAAACGUGGUCAUCGCUAUGGCUGGCAUCGCCAAAGUUUUCGUCGGCGAAGUAGUCGAAGAAGCUCUUGACGUCAUGGAGCAAUGGGGCGAUAGCGGUCCACUUCAGCCCAAGCACUUGAGAGAAGCCGUCAGAAGAGUGAGGAAUCGAGGAGGCAUCCCGGGAUCGAAACCGUUCGCCAAAGCCUUUUGAAACCUUAACUUUACGUCGAACUCAACUAUCCUGUCAGUCUCAUUUAUCUUGUGUAAACUUUCGAAUAAGAAAAAAAUAAAUAAAUAAAAGAUUC